ACAAACAUUGCAAAUACAUACCGUGGACGCAUCUUGCUGCAGCAUCUUGUGAAACGUGGUGGCGACAAAAUAGUCUCUUUUAAGUAAAUCUGUGAUUAAAAGAAAUUAAAUUAGGGCAAAAAGAGUUAGUGGCGUUACAAGGAAUGGCUUUCGAUUCAGCUGGCAGCGACAGAGGCAGAGGUGAGGCUUCGUGGAUCAUGCAUCAGCAAAUGCAGCCUGAAACCAAGUCACCCUGGCCUUCAAGUUACAAGUCAGAGAACAAUAACGUUAACUGGAACAACGGCAUGGAAUCUCAGUAUCCAGGCUACUCAAGUUACUGGUACCCACAGUCACAUACAGCAGGGCCCUAUGGCAGCUCAUACCCCCCUGGAACAGAGGUGAAUGGACAGGCAUCAUACAAUCCCCAGGCAAUGCCAGCCUAUCCCAAUGGAGUGUACAAUCCAGGGCAAUACUCCACGAGUAUGCUACAUCCUUCUAAUCCAUUCUACUGCAGUGACCAGGUUCCUUCAAGACAACCUCAUUAUCACAACCAAUCCUGCCCUGAACAGAAUGCAGGGGGCUCGACUCAUCCCCCCUACCCUGUACCUCACUGCCAAGCGGCUCCUGGAUACCCAGCAGGAUCUUACCCACAUUACCCAGAAGGAUGCCCUCAGAAUGCACCUUACCCCAACCAGCAGCCUGUGCUGUCAAGACCCCAGCAUGAGGCUUGGUCCCACACUCAAGGGUAUGGACCCACACUGCCUCAGCAGCAAUGGCCUUCUGAUUCCCAGACACCCCAUAGCCACUAUGGCAGUCAUGUACGACCACCUCACCCCCCUCCAUGGCAAGGACCCGCACCACCUCCAUAUGAGCACAAGGAUCCACCAUAUCAAAGUCAGCCUCAUAUGCAACCUAAAAACCAGCCUGCAGGCUCCAGACCACGUGUGAGCACACCAAACUCAUCUGCGCUUCCACCCAAACCCACCCAGUUCAGCAGUCCACCUCAAAUCUACAAGACUUCCUCUGGCGUUGGAGGACUCGAACCCAAACCUGCCCAAAAUGAACAACCUCCUAUGUCUUCCCCUCCAGCGUCGUCCAUGCCAGCUCCACUAAAAGAUAAUUCCAGCCUGGCUCGAGUUCAGCAGAUUUUGGCCCGAGUUCAGCUUCUUCAAGAGGAUGUGGAUGAGUUUGUGGGAAAAAAGACAGACAAGAGCUACCGAUGCCUGGAGGAACUGUUGACAAAAGAGCUGCUUGAGUUGGACUCUGUGGAGACCUACGGGCAGGACGUUGUUAGACAGGCUCGCAAAGAGGCUGUUCGGAGGAUCCAGGCCAUCUUGGAAUGUCUUGAGAAAAAGGCGUUCUAAUAACAGGGUGGAUUGAUGAUGAUUUCUUUUUUUAUGGUCUUUCCUCAUGAUUGCAGAUUAGGAUGUUCACAUUUUGCCAGUUUGUUGGAUUACAUUUUUUGUUGUUUUUGGAUUGUGUAGCCCAAAUGGUGGUAAUGUUUUUUUUCUAGUAAUACAGGCACAAAAUACAGUCACUGCAGUGCCAUACUCGAAACCAGACAUUUGCCAUUCAACAACAAGAAGCAGUGAUCUACUCGGAGGUUUCCUUGUGUAACACCUUUCGGUUUAUUGAGUCUACAUAGACUAAAGGGAUACAACAGAGUUUUUUUGUUGCACAUCUUCAAGAAUGAGGACUCCACUCAUUUUACUUUUGAAAUUUAGUUUAUUACUGCUAUUACACCAAUCCAUUCUUGAUAUUAUUGUAAAAUAACUUUAUAACUUAAUAAAGACAGUCAUUUUUUAAUAACUCA